UAGGCCAGAGAUGAGUCAUUUACAUCCAAUGAGAGAAAAACAGCCUUCAGAGACUUCGUCCAUUGGCCAGCGAGAGUGUCAAUUCCCAGGCUCCUGCCGCGCGCCGGCGUUCCCUUCUAGGCGGGAAAAGUUCAGCUGAGAGCUACAAAAGAGCAGCCUUUCCGGCACCUGCGAAUCUAGAGCGGUGGGCACUGACUGGCACGUGCACUCUGUGGACAGACUCUCCGGUUCUACUCCAGUCCCUGUUACUCCUUUUUGGCCAGAAAUUCAAGGAUACUGUCAUGAAGCGGACAUGUGCUGACACACCUGUUGAUCAUUGUCUAUCCGGCAUAAGAAAGUGUAGCAACACCUUUAAGCCUGAAAGUGAAGUCAGCAAGCAUGAAACAGCCCUUGAAAUGCAGAAUCCAAAUUUGAACAACAAAGAAUGUUGUUUCACCUUUAGUUUGAAUGAAAACUCCAGAAAAUUAGACCGUAGUGUGUUUACAGCAUAUGGUAAACCCAGUGAGAGUAUCUACUCAGCCCUGAGUGCUAAUGACUAUUUCAGUGAAAGGAUGAAGAAUCAGUUUAAUAAAAAUAUUAUUGUUUAUGAAGAAAAGACAAUAGAUGGACAUAUAAAUUUAGGAAUGCCUCUCAAGUGCCUGCCUAGUGAUUCUCAUUUUAAAAUUACAUUUCAUCAAAGAAAGAGUAGCAAAGAAGAUGGACACAUAUUACGCCAAUGUGAAAAUCCAAACAUGGAAUGCAUUCUUUUUCAUGUUGUUGCUAUAGGAAGGACAAUAAAGAGGAUUGUUAAGAUAAAGGAACUUCAUGAAAAAGGAAGUAAACUUUGUAUUUAUGCCUUGAAGGGUGAGACUAUUGAAGGAGCCUUAUGCAAGGAUGGCCGUUUUCGGUCUGACAUAGGUGAAUUUGAAUGGAAACUAAAGGAAGGUCAUAAGAAAAUUUAUGGAAAACAGUCCAUGGUGGAUGAAGUAUCUGGAAAAGUCUUAGAAAUGGACAUUUCAAAAAAAAAAUUACAACGGAAAGAUAUCCAUAAAAAAAUUAAACAGAAUGAAAAUGCCACUGAUGAAGUUAAUCACCAGAGUCUGAUACAACCUAAGAAAAAAGUCCAUGAACCAGAGAAAGAUGGAGAGACCAAAGAUGUAGAACACAGCAGAGAGCAAAUUCUCCUACCUCAGGAUCUAAGCCAUUAUAUUAAAGGUAAAACUCACCAGACAAUUCCCAGGAUUAGAAAUUAUUACAUUCAUAGUUUGACCCGAAAAUAUUCGCAAAUAAACUCACAAGUUAGGCGGAGACCACAUCUGGGUAGGCAGUAUGCUAUUAAUCUGGAUGUCCAAAAGGAGGCAAUUAACCUCUUAAAGAAUUCUCAAAUGUUGAAUGAAGCCAUUAUGCAUCAGUAUCCGAAUUUUAAGGAGGAGGCACAGUGGAUAAGAAAAUAUUUUCAGGAAGAACAAAAGAGAAUGGAUCUUUCACCAUCUAAGCAAUUCAACAUAUAUAAAAAGGACUUUGGAAAAAUGACUGCAAAUUCUGUUUCAGUUGCAACCUGUGAACAGCUUACAUAUCAUAGCAAGUCAGUUGGGUUCAUGCAGUGGGACAAUAAUGGAAACACAGGCAAUGCUACUUGCUUUGUCUUCAAUGGUGGUUAUAUUUUCACCUGUCGACACGUUGUACAUCUUAUAGCAGGUGAAAACACAUAUGAAAGUUUGUGGCCAGAUAUAAUUACCAAAUGUGCUAAGGUAACCUUCACUUAUACAGAGUUCUGCCCUACUCCUGACAAUUGGUUUUCCAUUGAGCCAUGGCUUUUUUCCAAUAAAACUCUAGAUUAUGCCAUUCUAAAACUAAAAGAAAAUGGAAAUGCAUUUCCUCCAGGACUAUGGCGACAGAUUUCUCCUCAACCAUCUACUGGUUUGAUUUAUUUAAUUGGUCAUCCCCAAGGCCAAAUCAAGAAAAUAGAUGGUUGUACUGUGAUUCCUCUAAAUGAACGAUUGAAAAAAUAUCCAAACGAUUGUCAAGAUGGGUUGGUAGAUCUCUGUGAUACCACCAGUAAUGUAUACCCUAUGUUUACGCAAAGAAGUUUCCUGUCAGAGGUUUGGAACAUGCACACGCUUAGUUAUGAUACUUGUUUCUCUGAUGGGUCUUCAGGCUCCCCAGUGUUUAAUGCAUCUGGCAAAUUGGUUGCUUUGCAUACCUUUGGUCAUUUUUAUCAACGUGGAUGUAAUGUGCAUGCCCUUAUUGAGUUUGGUUAUUCUAUCGAUUCUAUUCUUUGUAAUAUUAAAGAGACAAAUGAGAGCUUGUAUAAAUUAUUAAAUGAUGAGAAACUUGAGACCUGCAAUGAAGAGAAAGGUAAACAAGAGUCAUUACUUCAAGAUCAUCAGAUUGAACCCAUGGAAUGUUAGAAAAAAGAUGCUGUCUUCAAGAAAAUAUGCCAAUAAUUACUGGCAAAGAUUUCAUGACAAAGACACCCAAAGCAAUUGCAACAAAACCAAAAAUUGGCAAAUGGGACCUAGUUAAAGCUUCUGCACAGCAAAAGAACCUAUCAACAUGCUAAACACACAACCUACAGAAUGAGAGAAAAUAUUUGCAAACUAUGCAUCCAGCAAAGAUUGAAUAUUCAGAAUCCUGCUACAACCACACACAUUAAAGAUCUCAAAUCACCUGAUCCUACUAUUGCAAAUAAAUCUCCACUGAGUUACUCAUGUAAGUGUUUUAUAGGAUAAAUCGGUUGCAAAAACUUGUUUUUAAACAGCAUGCAAAUAAAGCCUGCUCUUCACGGCCCCAAUUCUGAAAGCCCUGUCAUAUAUCACUGCUUGAGCUUACCUGCUGUAUGACCUCUGCCUCCAUCCCUCUGAACCAACGAUGGGUUUCACAAGACGAACCAGAAACACAGUGGUUCCGAGUGGUUAUAAUACGAUUUAUUUGCCACCUAAAUUUUAGGUAAAAAUUAUCACUGGAAUGUUCAGGAACUGGGCACAUAGACCCUGGAAUUUUGCAACAGCAAACACAUCUGAAUUUAGAAUCUAUAUCUCAAAUGUUACCACCUCUGUGACGGCAUCCCUGAAGCCCUCUCUGUGCAACCACUGCAGCCUGUUCACUUCGGUAUUAUGUCUAUAACUCUGUUUUUAAAUUUUUUUACUUUUACUCAUCUACUAGAUUGUGACUUAAUGGAUGGUGAGGACAAUGUUAGAUUCAUCUUGGCAAUCCCAAUGCUUAACACUAUAUCUGGCAUGCACGAAAAUUUCCUCCAAAAAGACUGAAUU